AUCAAGCCUCCGCACACUCCGCAUUUGGAAUCCCCCCAUAAACUCCUCACUUGCAAAGCGGCAUCACAAUCGCAACCUCGCUGCGUCAUCGGCAGUUCCUAGGCGCCACCCGCCAUCAUCAACAGCCCGGGCGGCGGCACGCUCCUCGGAGCACCUCCACGCAGUCACUUGAUCACCAUGCAUGACGCAAACAGUCACCGCGCAUGAACAAAGCCGUGAAGCGCGAAAGUCACUCGCCCAAUCCAAACACUCAAAAUGUCGUAACAAAAGACCUCAAAUUAUUAGAAAUGCGCAACCCCGCCUCUCUGAUUGGUGGAACCUCCCCCAACCCCCAUCACCCUUCCCCGCAAUCUUCUGGCAAGCGGGCUGCCGAAGCCACGCCCGCCGAUCGCGCGCAAACCGAACUCCACUCCACCUCAUAGUUUAUCCAAUUACAACAACCUUUACCCUCCCUCCCGGCUGGUACAGCUUCACUAGCGCACGAAUAAAACUGAAUGACGAGGAAUAAGAACGAUGGGGGUAUUUUUUAAAAAAUUGGAUGAUUUGCGCGUGCGCAGAGCAAGUAACAGUUUCAUGCGACGUGAGCGGCAUCGCGCGCGUUC